CUUUGCUACUGCUUUCCUUCACUCAGUCAGAGCUCUUCAUAACAUGGGCUGCAUGAAAUCAAAGCAAACUUUCCCAUUUCCCACCACACUUGAGAGUGAGAAGAGGCAUGUGAGUGAAGAAACCUUUAUGCCUGAAGAGAAAUUUCUACCCAGGAGACCUUCUCUAGUUAGUGUCAAAGAGGAAGUGAAGGAACCCCCAGGGCCUCAAAUUGUGGUCUUCGAAUUUGCACAGCACCUGUCCCAGGAAAUCUUGAGUGAUGCCUUGCAGCAGUGGGCAGGCAACAACCUCAAGUACCAUGACAUCCCAUAUAUUGAGAGUGAAGGGCCUUGAUUCUAUGUGUAAGAUGACAACACUUUCUUGAACUGUGGAUAAAGUUGGUGCUAGUUUAAAUACAUGAAACAAUAACAGAAACUGGUGUGAAUAAAUACAAAUAACUCCA